UUUCCCUUUCCGGCUACGGGUCCCCGAGCGGAGCGGGAGGCCGGACCGUGGAGCCGAGCUGCGGCGGGGGCGGCCAUGGCGGAGCUGGUGCAGGGGCAAGGUGCUCCGGUGGGGCUGAAGGCCGAGGGGUUCGUGGACGCCCUGCACCGGGUCCGGCAGAUUGCUGCUAAAAUUGACUCAAUCCCUCACUUGAAUAACUCCACGCCUCUCGUGGACCCCUCGGCGUAUGGAUACGGCGUGCAAAAAAGGCCCCUGGAUGACGGAGUGGGUAACCAGUUAGGGGCCCUGGUACAUCAAAGGGCAGUAGUAACAGAAGAAUUCAAAGUGCCUGAUAAAAUGGUAGGAUUUAUUAUCGGCAGGGGAGGUGAGCAGAUCUCACGGAUUCAGGCCGAGUCUGGGUGCAAAAUUCAGAUUGCUUCAGAGAGCUCUGGGAUUCCAGAGAGGCCCUGUGUACUUACCGGAACCCCAGAAAGUAUUGAACAAGCCAAGCGGCUCCUGGGGCAGAUCGUGGAUCGCUGUCGGAAUGGCCCUGGCUUUCAUAAUGACGUAGACAGCAACAGCACCGUCCAGGAGAUCCUCAUCCCUGCCUCAAAAGUGGGCCUGGUCAUCGGCAAAGGAGGCGAGACCAUCAAGCAGCUGCAGGAGCGGACUGGUGUGAAAAUGGUCAUGAUCCAGGAUGGCCCGCUGCCCACAGGGGCAGACAAGCCUCUUCGCAUCACUGGAGACCCCUUUAAAGUUCAGCAAGCUAGAGAAAUGGUACUAGAGAUCAUCCGAGAAAAAGACCAAGCCGAUUUCCGAGCUGUCCGCGGUGAUUUCAGCUCACGGAUAGGCAGCAGUAGCAUAGAGGUGUCCGUGCCAAGGUUUGCCGUCGGGAUCGUGAUAGGAAGAAACGGGGAGACGAUCAAGAAGAUCCAGAACGAUGCUGGUGUGAGGAUCCAGUUUAAACCAGACGAUGGCAUCAGCCCCGAGCGGGCGGCACAGGUGAUGGGCCCUCCGGAUCGGUGUCAGCACGCUGCCCAUGUCAUCGGCGAGCUGAUUCUCACAGCGCAGGAGAGAGAUGGCUUCGGAGGCCUGGCGGUGGCCAGGGGAAGAGGCCGCGGCCGCGUGGACUGGAGCGUGGGGACUCCGGGCAGCAUCCAGGAGAUAACAUACACCGUGCCAGCCGAUAAAUGUGGCCUCGUCAUAGGCAAAGGGGGUGAGAACAUCAAAAGCAUCAACCAGCAGUCAGGGGCGCACGUGGAGCUUCAGCGGAACCCCCCUCCCAACACGGACCCGGCCCUGAGGGUCUUCACCAUCCGGGGUGUGCCCCAGCAGAUCGAAGUGGCCAGACAUCUCAUCGAUGAGAAAGUGGGCGGUACCGGUCUCGGGGCACCCGGAGCCUUUGGACAGAGCCCCUUCGGCCAGCCACCAGCCGCGCCCCACCAAAACACCUUUCCUCCCCGGGGCUCGGGCUGCCUCCCCGGCAUCGCUGCUAAAGUCAACGGGAACCCCCACAGUGCCCCGGUGAGCGGUCCUCCAGCCUUCCUGACCCAGGGCUGGGGCAGCACUUACCAGGCGUGGCAGCAGCCAGCACAGCAGCUCCCAGGCCAGCAGAGCCAGCCGCCGAGCAGCCAGCCCGACUACAGCAAGGCCUGGGAGGAGUAUUACAAAAAGCAGAGUCACGCCACUAGCAGCGCCCCACAGGCCAGCUCCCCGCCGGACUACACACUGGCCUGGGCCGAGUAUUACCGGCAGCAGGUGGCCUUCUAUGGGCAGACGCUAGGGCAGGCCCAGGCCCACAGCCAGGAGCAGUAGGAGCCGCUCUGGCCUGCCACUGGCACGCCCACCCGCUCGGAAUCAGUGUGAGACCUGCUGCUUGCAGAGGUUUCCGAUUUACACACCUUUUCCUGAAGAACCUUGGUUUUGUUCUGUGAAACACUAUAUUUAGAUUAACAGACUUUUUCUAAAAAUUGAGGAAAUUAGUUACUAAACAUUGCUGAUACUCUGUCUCAUAUUUCAAAGCGUGCUGGGGUGCCUCAGGACGCAGU